AUGAUCACAGCAACUAGAAACUUUUCCGCCUUGUUGGACGAAUUGAUGGGCGUAAAUAGGAAUGGAGAUCGACAGGAUUUAAUCAUUGAACAUUUUACCGAUCCAAGAGUUUGUAAAUAUGAUCUACUAGGCUUGUGUCCAUAUAAAUUAUUUCCAAAUACAAAAUUCGACUUGGGACCUUGUCCAUUUCUUUGUUGUCCUGUUCCUCCGAAAUUUAAAAAACAAUUCGAAGAGGAAAAGAAAACUCUCAACUUUGAUUAUGAACAUAAAUUGGAACAAAUAUUAGCACAAAUACAAGAUAAUUGCGAUGAAAAAAUUGCUAAAGCACAAUCGAGAUUGGAUGUACAACAUAAAAAGGAUUUAAAUAAGAAUAACGAACCAUUGGAAUUACAAAAUAUCAAGAAGGAAAUUGAUAAAGUAACAAAACAAAUUGAAGAAUUAACAACGGAAGGAGAAUAUGAAGAAGCACACAAACUCAUGGAAAGAUUGGAUAGUUUAAAGAAGGAAAAGGAAACUGUGGAAGCUAAAGCCCCAACACAAAAAAUCGGAGAUACACAAGAACUUAUUGUCUGUGAAAUUUGUGGUGCCUUAUUGAGUGUAAAUGAAAGUGACCAGAGAUUGGCUGAUCACUUUGCUGGUAAGGCUCACUUGGGUUUCCAAAAAGUUAGAGAAAAAUUGAAAGAAUUAAGAGAAAAUAGAACUUUUAAUGACAAGAGACAAUUAAUUGCUGACAGAGAUCACUAUAAACAAAUGAAAGGAAAUGAUUACAAUGACUACUAUGAACUGAAAAGAAAGAGGCCAGAAAAUGAACCAGUUCCACAACCUUCAGAACCAGCUAGCUACGCUCCAAGCAGUAGUAGCUCAUCUUCAUACUAUUCACACGAUAAUAGAAGUUCCUCACAUGACAAUAGAAGGGAUAAUAGAGGAGGUCAUGAUGAUAGAUAUUCAUCUGGAGGUGGUGGACGAUCAUCAUCUUACAAUGGUGGAGGUGGAGGAUACAGAGACAGAGGAGAUAGAAGAGACUUUGACAAUCAUCAUUCUUCGUCAUCCUCUUCCUAUCAUCGUGAUGAUUACCGUGAUAGACAUCACUCUGAUUCCUAUAGUAGAUCUCAACAUGAUUAUAGAAGAAGAUAA